AUGAAGACUCUGUUUAUAGGUCUUCUCGGCCUGGCGAAUGGCCAUGGCCGGAUGAUGUUCCCUCCUGGUCGAUCUACUGCUUGGAGAUUUGUCGAUUCCAAUCCACUUCUUACUCCUUAUAAAAAUAUUCUCGGAAUCGAGUAUACCGAUAAUGGAAUAAACUGCGGAGGAUUGUCCUACCAAAUCAGCCAAGACUACCGAUGCGGAGUUUGUGGAGAUCCCUACGGGAACCCGGAGCCGCGAAAAAACGAAGAUGGCGGAGCAAUGGGACAAAAAGUAAUCGUCGCUCAUUUGACGCCAAAUACAGUGAUGACUUCUCGAAUCCAAAUUACCGCUCACCACAAGGGCUGGAUUCAGUUCCACAUCUGCGCGCAGAACAAUCAAGUUCUUACCGCUCAAGAGCUCGAAGAUUGCCUUCAAUCAAAUAUCAUGCAGAUUCAGGGGCAGGGAGACAAAUUCAUGGUUCCUGAUCCAUCUGCCGCGGAUUAUGCUGAACAGGGUUACUGGUACGAUGUUCCAGUGAUGAUUCCAGAUAUCCAGUGCAGCCGAUGUGUGAUCCGAUGGACCUAUCAUGCUGGAAACGGUUGGGGCUGCGACGGACCCGAUGAUUGCGGAAUUGGUAAGGGUUACCAAGAAGAGUUCAAAAACUGCGCCGAUGUGAUGAUUUCCAACGACGGAACUCCCCAAACAACAACCACCACUACCACAACAACGACGACAAACAGCGGUCCGACAACAACAACGACCACGACGACAACAACAUCGACGUCGACAACAAAAGAUCCAUUGAGUUUCUGCCCUCCCUGGCAAGAAACUUGGGAACGGGCAAUUAUCAAGUUGACUCAGGCUCAAAUUGAUGAGGGCAAAGAUGGCUGUACUGAUGGAGGUCAUAUUGGAAAGAAAUACUCGAAGUGCUGGAUCUCUUGUGAAAACGACUACAAAAUGGUCUUUCAGGAUGAUGGGGAUCAAGAAUCAAACAGUGUCGAGAUUCAAUGCAAAGCUACUGGAAAGUGGAGAGCUUCCCGACCAUUCUACUGCAAAAAGCGCUGUCCGAAAAUGUACAAAAACAAGCCAUUCUUUGCCGCUCGAACUAUCCAUAAAUGGCAGCAUGGUUUCGCGAUGAAACUCGGAAUCCAGCCGGAAAUGGACUUGAACACCUGGACAGUUGUUCUUUGGUUCACUGAUGAAGUCGAAGCUACUUUGUCUUUCAAUUCCUGGGAGACUUCUGUCACGACCUCAGUCGGUCACCGAGUCGCUGUUUUUACCUCGAAUAUGUUCAAUCAGCAAAUUGCUGCUGGAGAAAAAUACAAAUUCCUCGUCACAAUCGUCGGAGCUGCUCAAGAUGAUUUGCCAAAUUUCAACGUUCGCUACAUUCCUGGCAUUCAUGAAGAUCUCUCCUGCCUCUUUGAAGACAACUUUGACUGGGUCAGCACGACAUCAACAACGACUACGACGGUUUCGACAACAACAGAGGGACCAAGCGAUCCAGAAGAUCCAAAUUUCUGUUUUGGUCAGAAUGAUGGGUACUAUGCUCAUCCAAUCUGCGAGAAAUAUUACCAGUGCCAUGCCGGGAAUACUUAUAUUCAGACUUGCGCUCCUGGAACCGUCUGGAACGCCGAUGCUGGCUACUGCGACUGGGAAAUGAAUGUCGACACUUCCAACUGCGGCGAUGUGGCUCCACCGGGGCCAACAACAACGACUGCUUCGGCAACAACCACGACCGGCGACGGCGGGGGAGGAGGCGGUUGCCAGGAUGACAUGACCUAUUGUGAUGGAAAAGCUCCUGGAUACUACUCUCACUGCGAUUGCAAGAAAUAUUAUCAAUGCUCGGGAGUUGGACAUCCGACGAAUAUUCUCGAGUGUCCUGAUGGAACCCUUUGGAAUGGUGUGAACUGCGACUGGGAGGCAAAUGUUGAUACGUCGAGCUGUGGCACUACGGAUCCAGGAACUACAACAACUACUACCACAACCACAACAACUCCCUACACUGGCCCCCCAACAACGACUACCACCACAACUACAACAACAACAACUCGAGAUCCCAACGCGAAAGAAAUGGUGAUGAUGUGCUAUUUCAUCAACUGGGCUCAAUACAGAAACGGUGCGGCGAAACAAAUGCCGAGCGAUCUCGACCCUCAUCUCUGCACUCACUACGUCUACUCCUUUGCCAAGAUUCCUCAGGGAUCGAAUCAUCUUGAGCCAUACGAGUGGAACGAUAUCUCCGCCUUGUAUCCAGCAAUGAUGCAACUGAAGAAUGUCAAUCCAAAUCUCAAGAUUCUCCUUGCUGUCGGAGGCUGGACUCAUGGAUCUGGUCCAUUUACUGCUAUGGUCGCUACUCCUGAAAAUCGAGCUGAAUUUGUCCAAAACUCGAUCACCUUCCUCCGAACCCAUGGAUUUGAUGGACUUGAUUUGGACUGGGAGUACCCAGCAAAUCGCGGAUCACCAGCAAUUGACAGAGAUAGAUUCACUUUGCUCUGCAAAGAAUUGAAACAAGGCUUUAUUAACGAGGCCAAGAACACUGGCAAUCCACAACUCGAGCUCACUGCAGCAGUUGCUGCUGGCUACGCCACAGUCGAUUCCGCUUACGACAUUCCCGGAAUUUCAAAAUGGCUGGACUACAUCAACUUGAUGUCGUACGAUCUUCACGGCACCUGGGAGUUGACACUUGGUCAUCAUUCCGGCUUUGAGGCGAAUUAUGGAGACCCUAAACUUUCUACCAAAUUCGCGGUUGAGUACUGGCUCGCCGGAGGUGCUCCAGCUGAUAAGCUCGUUUUCGGAAUGCCAGCGUAUGGCCGAGGGUGGCGAAUGCUCAACGGAGCCAAUAGUCCUGGUGAUCAAGCGAACGGAGCUGCUCCUGGUGGACCUUACAUGUACAGUGAAGGCUACUGGAGCUACUACGAAAUCUGCAAUGCUCUGAAUACUGGCACUUAUACAACAGUCCUCGAUCCAGCGAUUGGCAGUGUCUAUUCUUAUAGCACUGUUUCAAAUGUCUGGAUGGCUUAUGAAAAUGUGGAGACUCUGACCGAGCGAUGCGAGUGGGUAAAAUCCAUGGGUCUCGCUGGUGGCAUGUUCUGGGACACUGCGAUGGACGAUUUCAGAGGCCAAUUCUGCGGCCAAGGCAAAUGGCCACUUUUCAAGACAGUCAAAGAUUGUCUCUCCCAGCCAGCAGUGACCACCACUACUGAUGAGCCAUACACAGGUCCUCCAACAACAACUACAACGACGACGACAACAACAGUUAGUACAACAACAGAUCCAACAACUCCUAACUCAAAAGUGCUCAUGUGUUACUUUAUCAACUGGGCGCAGUACAGAAAUGGCGACGCUCAACAAAUGCCAAGCCCCAUGAAAGCUCUUUACCCUGGUAUGAUGGAGCUCAAAAACGUGAAUCCGGACCUCAAAGUCCUUCUUGCUGUCGGCGGCUGGACUCAUGGAUCUGAACCAUUUACAGCGAUGGUCGCUACUCAAGCAAAUCGAGCUGAAUUUAUCCAAAAUGCAAUUACCUUCUUGAGAGACAACGGAUUCGACGGACUCGAUCUCGACUGGGAAUACCCGGCUCAUCGAGGAAGCCCGCCAGAAGACAAAGAUCGCUUUAGUCUUCUUUGCAAAGAAUUGAAAGAAGCCUUUAUUGCAGAAGCAAUUUCUACUGGACAACCACAGUUGGAAUUGACAGCGGCUGUUGCGGCGCCAGCUUCAACUGCGAGUAGCGCGUAUGAUAUUGCUGAAAUUUCGAAGUGGCUUGAUUAUAUCAACUUGAUGAGUUAUGACUUGCAUGGAUCUUGGGAGGCGAACUUGGGUCAUCAUUCCAAUUUUGAGGCGAAUUAUGGUGAUACCCAGUUAUCAACAAAAGCUGCGGCAGAAUACUGGCUUUCCGAAGGCUGCCCCGCCAACAAGCUCGUCUUCGGUCUUCCCGCUUACGGUCGAGGCUGGAACAUGCUCAACGGAAACUUUUCCCCAGGAGCACCAGCUAACGGAGCUUGCCCUGCGGGCCCUUAUCUCGCUACUUCCGGCUACUGGGCGUACUAUGAAAUCUGCAACGCUCUCAACUCGGGUUCAUACACGACUGUUGUUGACCCUGCACUCGGCAGUGCUUAUUCGUACAGCCAUUCGACGAAUAUCUGGAUGGGAUAUGAAAAUGUCCAGACCGUGACGGAACGAUGCAACUGGAUCAAAGAAAUGGGACUCGCUGGUGGCAUGUUUUGGGACACAGCGAUGGACGAUUACAGAGGCAAAUUCUGCGGAGAAGGAACUUGGCCUCUCAUCAGCGCUGUGAAAAAUUGUCUGAAUAAUUAA